AUCUUUUCCCUAUAAAGAGAAGAUGCAAUCCGACCGCCUUUGAAAUGAUCCUCAGGACUUAUUGCGACAGGCCCUCAGUCGCACUUCAAAAGGAACAGUCCCGGUUUGAAAGCCGCUGCUUUUGAAAAGGGGACCCAGAAAACCAGGAGCGAGAGCGCGAAGUGGUCAGAGACUCUUACAACCGAUAAAGGACAGGAGCAGGAAGAGAGAAUCGAGGGAUUAUUGAUGAUCACUGUAUUUACACUCAUGCACCGGUAACCUGGUUGUGUAACGGGGUCAGUCCGUGAAGGAUCUUUGCGCGCUCUGACUUUGGCACGGUUACGCACUGCGCGCCGCGCUUCACGCAGGUGUGGAUAUAUCUUGAAGCUCCCGCACACAUGGCUGCGUUAACCUUAUCCAGAGCGGACAAUUUCCUGCACAAUUUCUUACAGGAUCGUACUCCCAGCUCCUCUCCAGACAGCGGUCCUAACACCCUUUCCUUUUUGGCCACCACAUGCAGUCAGGCUUGGCAGGAAGGGUCUCAGCUCCCUUACGAGGGGCCGGUGGGCUCCGCUUCCAGCAUGUUUCAGCUCUGGAGCAAUGACGUGGCCCCGAACUCCAGUUUGAGCGCUCACCAGAUGACCUUCACCGUGCCCAAAAUGCAGUUCCCCGGCCACAUGCAGCCCACCCUGGGCUCGCACUCCCAUCAUCACCACCAUCACCACCAUCACCACCACGAGCUCCCCCUCACCCCUCCAGCCGAGCCUCCGUCCGCCUACUCGUUCGACCUGUCUCCAGUGAAGAUGCUCUCCUCCCAGGCACAGGGGAACGCGUCGUACUACACGCAGCACAACGCUGUGGGUCAGAACUUUCCUAGCUUCCUUCAGAACGCUUCAGGAAGACCUCACCUGCCAGGUGGACACGUUGAGGACGGCCAGCAGUGGUGGAGUCUCCCUCAGAGUAACAGCGCACCCUCCGGACACCCCUUCUCUCUGGGACGCCAGCUGGUUUUGGGCCACCAGCCUCAAAUCGCUGCUCUUCUGCAGGGAACCUCGAAAGGUCUGCUGAGCUCAACUCGCCGCUGUCGCAGGUGCAAGUGCCCCAACUGCCAGUCCACGGGAAACGGAGGUGCUGCUCUGGAGUUCGGGAAGAAAAGACUACACAUUUGUCACAUUCCGGAUUGUGGCAAGGUCUACAAAAAAACCUCUCACCUGAAGGCUCACCUGCGCUGGCAUGCCGGCGAGCGGCCCUUCAUCUGCAACUGGCUCUUCUGCGGAAAGAGCUUCACCCGCUCAGACGAGCUGCAGAGGCAUCUUCGCACGCACACCGGAGAGAAACGCUUCGGCUGUCAGCAGUGUGGGAAAAGGUUUAUGCGGAGCGAUCACCUCUCCAAGCAUGUGAAGACCCACCAGAGCAGGAAGAGCCGGUCCAGUCAGCCUUCUCAAAGUGGGACCGAUUCACUGCUAAGCAACAUUAAGAGAGAGUAAGGGAUGCUGAAUGCAAAAGAACUUGCUGUAGUAUCAGGAAUGAAUCCAGAGACCCUUUGAGGCUAUUUGCGUCAUCUAAAAUCUUUUAUAGAAAAGGUGCAAUUGUUAAAAAAUACAAUAUAUAUUCCAAAAAGCAAUAGCAGCAUGGGCCUGUUUUGAAAACACUGGAGCAAGUGAACACCAUGCCGCACCGAAAUUGAUCUUUGAGACUUUAAAGAGAAUUUAGGUCACAGUGGACGUGAAAGAGCAGAAGAAAGUGACAUUUUUUACGGCUCUGGAUGCAAAGACUUUUUAUGACCAAAUUUGCCCUUGCACAUUUAUUUAAAGAUAAUUCAAUUCCACUAACAGCACAAUCAAAAGUAUUUGUCACAUGGUGAAAAUGUCAUUUGUUUACAUUUUGUUGUUGCUUUCUCUAGUUUUUAGGGAAAAUUGAUGCCUUAUAUUAAAAUGAGAAGCUCUGGUUGCGAAAUUUGCCAACAUUAUUCCCUGACAGAUCACUGUAGGUCUUGUUUCCUUGCAGAGAAUGGCACUGCUAUAAAUCUAUUUCACUCUUAAUCUAAAUAGUUUCAAGACAUGAACCAAAUGUAUAUAAUGUUUAUAUAGCGCACAGUUCUAUAAAGACCAGCAUGUGAAAUAUUAAUAAACGCAAAUAACUGUGCAAAUCGAAAUCUCGUGCUUCGUUUUGUUCAUUCCUUCGCAGCAUUUAAUGCCUUGUCAAGCGCACUUAGUGUAUUUUAACAGAUGUGUGAAGUUCAGCAAAUGGCUAAUGUUAAAUCUAACACUGCAUGUUGGACCUCAGCAUUUUACAUUUAUUCUAAUGUUAAUGUACUGGCAUUCAGGAUGCUAAUUUAAGGUGGCCAUUGUUUCCGAGGUGUCAAGGAAGCACUUAAAGCAAAGACAAAUGACUGGAGAGUCUUCAGACACUUUACAGUUGUCAGUAAAUAGUCGGGCCAUUGAUGAGAACAGUGGUCUGACCUUCUCCCGUCAAGUUCACAGUCAUGUUGUCUCGUAAUGGCCGGUGUAAAUAACAGACAACCGUCACUGAGGAUAGCGCUCUACUGGAGCUCACUGUGAAUGGACCCCCGGCUGUUUAUAUCCCACUGACUGUGACAGAAGUCGCUUUGAUUUGGCACCUUUGUGAUAGUGAAUGCUCACAAACCCUCUUCCCCCAUCUGUGUGUGCAAAUGAACCCUUUGCUGCUCAAGAAUGCCUAGAAUGUGACUUAAACAGAGACAAAUUA